AUGAGAUCAAUAGCUCGAAAUCUCCGUCGAGUUUGGUUGACUUAUCGACACCAAAGUGGAAAUCUGCGGCAAACUGCACUAGGAAAAAGGCCAAAUGUCUACCUCAAUUCAGCUCCUUGUUGUUCUUUCAAGAUUUCUAGCUAUCCGGAGUAUACAUUGUUCCCAAGGGCAUUUUCGAACCCCGCUGCGAACUAUAGAGAUGGAGGUAUAUGCUUUUCACUGAUUCAGAAAUGGCCCAAUAAAUGUUCUUCUGUAGGUUUCCACAAGAAAUGCCUGGAAUUAAGUAUUGAUUCUAUUGUCUGCUCAAUUCUAGACGGGGGAGAUGCUGGUCCAUUGCUAGAAUACGAACGGAGAAUUGCAUCUGGAGAGUUGAAGGAUGGUGAUGAUUGUCAGGUACCGUGUCAUUGAGAAAAUGUUGCAUGUUGCCUUCGAAUUUAGUAUUGGUGGUUGUUGGGGCAAAGUACGCCCCACAUCAGAUUCUAAAAUCAAGAAUGGCUCUCUCAGGUGGAGACCCUUCAGGUUCUGCAAAGACUAUUUGAUGAGCUUGUAGAAUUGCAAGAUAGCUGUCGCUUAGAUCGCUAUACAGAAUCUGGAAAAGCUUCAAGGUGAACAAUUGAAUUCUCAUCCACUUUAUAUCACUCCAAAAAGAUCUCAAGCACUUGAUAGGAUCUUGGGAGUGCGGACGAACUAGUCGCUAUUAUUUCUUAUGCAUCCAAAAAAGCUGUCUUGAAUCCUUAUGUUGACCUGCUGUUUUUGUAGGAGUCGAUGGUUAUGGUCUCGUUUCAUUCCUCUGUCGUCUUACUCACCAGUCAAAGGGCUUUACCUCUAUGGUGGAGUUGGCACAGGAAAGACAAUGCUCAUGGACUUAUUUUUUGAUCAGCUGUAAGUUCAAAUGCUACCGUGGACUGUUAUUGAUGAUCAGUCCAUUUCGAUGUAUAAGUUUCUUGUUGAUUAACGACAGAUUAUCAAUUUUGUGUUUUUUAUUCAUUUGUUAAUUAGAUGCUGCUUUUCACAUUUCUGUUUUCAUGUUAUGUAUAGAUUUUGUUUUCAGAGUUUAAGGAUGUGAUCUGCCUUUGAAAAACUGUUCUGGCAUUAAAAUUCCCAAAAUAGUCAAGGAUCUUGUUUGAACCUGUCUCGCCUCAGGAUCUCUAAAAAGCAUCAUCAUGCAUCAAACCUCAAGAUAUACAGAACACUUAAAAAAAAGUGAUUUUGUAAUGUUCUCUGAAGGCUACAGGCUGACCUAAUUUUAUCGUUUAAGAUUGGUAUCUUUGUUUGAUAAUAUUGUUGACUUUGCGGUCAGGUUAAUAGCCAGUGGUUAAUUGUUCAUAGUCGAAUAUCUUGAGUCUGAUCUGCAGAACUUGAAAAGAAUUUUUUUUUUUUUUUAUCAUAUUUCUUCUCCUAAUACGUCUAUUGAAUAUUCUUCAAGUGCAGACCAUCUAAUUGGCGGAAGAAAAGAAUACAUUUCCACGACUUCAUGUUGAAUGUCCACAGUCGCCUACAGGUUGGCUUCUAAAAUUUUCUUUUCCAUUGGCGCUUCCCUUUGAUUUAGACUUGACGAGUACUUCACUUUGAAGUGCUCUCCCCAAAAACAUUUUCCCCUCAAUUAAGGAAACUCCUUCCCAUUUUUACCCUAAAUAAUUGACCUUGGAAAGCACAAAAAAAAAUAUAUUUUUGCUUGCUUAUUUAAUCCAUUGUAAUCAUCUCUCAAUGUGAAUAUUAGACAGACCUACCUUGAUUUCAUUGCAGAAACAUAAGGGAGUGGCAGAUCCUCUCGAAGAGGUGGCCGGGGAGAUAGCAGAUGAGUCUAUGCUAUUAUGUUUGGAUGAAUUCAUGGUACGUUAGAAACACAAGGGUAGGUCGUUUUUAUGUAACUGCAUAUUUUGGCCUUCUGGAGAACGUGUUUUGCUUCAUCGGCUACAUGUAAUUUCUGAUGCACAGGUGACGGAUGUUGCAGAUGCUUUGAUAUUAAAUCGGCUCUUUGGACAUUUGUUCAGCAACGGAGUUGUAAGUGAUGCAUCCCAUAGCCUAUAAUUUUUUUCUUGAAGAACCCUUGCUCCACACUUAUAUUAUAUAUAUAUUAUAUUUUAUAUAUAUAUAUAUAUGCACACACGCACUUAAUGCAAAGACGCAAUCUUUUUAUACGUGAAAAUGAUUUUACUCAUUAUUCUGAUCAGCUCAUUGCUCAAAUUAUUUAUUUACUCUAACUUAUGGAGCUUUGCAACGAUGUGAAGUAUAUAUGCUUGAGUAAUUCAAGUUCUGUGAUAAAAAUAUAAUGCUCAUGUAGGGUCUGAAACAUCGUCUCAAUAUGUAGACUAUGAUGUAAGAUAUGAAUCAAGGAGUUGAGAUCCUAACCAGAAGUUAAUAAAAUGUAUCUUUUGUGGAGCGUUAAUCAACGAGAAAUUUCUGGGUCUUUAAUGCGAGAAUACAUGUUGAAUGGCCACCGAAUCUGAGAAUAUUGUGAAGCAUAUUUUCUUUGGUUUAAUUUGUAAUAUUCUAAAACCUCUUUCUCGAUAUGAAGUGAAAAAGCUAAAUCUAGGGCUGGAAAGCUAACCCGUCAAUCAUGUGAUAUAGAAUGAUCAACUCCUAGUCAGUUUUCUUCGUAUCUAUCUUCUAGAUCAAACAUUCCUUUAACAAUUUGAACUUGAUUCAUUCGUGGGUCAGGUCCUCGUUGCAACCUCAAAUCGCGCACCAGAUCACCUUUAUGAAGGCGGCUUGCAGAGGGAUCUUUUCUUGCCAUUUAUUGAGACUUUGAAGGUACUUCUAGUGCUCUGGCUUCACUCAUUUCAUAGACUCUGGUAUCUUUUUCUAACAUAAACUUAACACAAUGGUAAUACAGGAAAGAUGUGUAUCUCACGCCAUUGGUUCUUCCACAGACUAUCGGAGAAUGACUUCUGUAAAUCAUUCUCUUCUUUAUUUUUUUCUAUUUCUAUCGAGAUGCAAGUGAGAUUGUUAUGAAAUUAUUGUCAUUUUUCAGGGUUUUUAAGAAAAUAAAUACUUUAUAUUACUGGUUGCUGUAGGCUGAGCAAGGUUUCUAUUUCGUCGGAGAUGAGCAUUCUGAGCUCCUCAAGCAGAAGUUCUACUGGCUAUCUGGUCAACACACAGCGAGUCCCCAGGUGGUGGAGGUCGUCAUGGGCCGCCAGUUGCAGGUUUUUCCUUCACCAGGAUGAAUUUUCUUUCUCUAAUUAGAAUUUUGUCAAAUGCGUGGAAAUUCUUAGACUUCCAUCCUUUGCCCCCCUCUUCAGGUUCCAUUGGGAGCCAAUGGGUGUGCAUACUUUUCUUUUGAAGAUCUAUGCGACAGACCUUUGGGGGCUGCUGAUUACUUUGGCUUGUUCAGUGAGUACUUUUUCUUGGCUACAGAAAGUACUGAUGGCAUAUAUAUAUAUAUAUACUCUCUCUCUCUCUCUCUCUCUCUCUCUCUCUCUAGAUGAAUGAUGAUCCACAACUUUCUUGCAGAGAAAUAUCACACGCUGGCACUGGAGGGAGUUCCCAAAUUUGGGAUCCACAACAGGACUGCUGCUUAUCGCUUUGUCACUCUGGUGGAUGUACGUGCUAUAAUACCUUGUCCUUUGGAGAAUUUCCAUUGAUGAUUUCCUCCAUGUUUCUUGGAGAGUCUCAUAUUCUACCAGAACUGUGGAGAGAACCGCCAACUGAAUCAUCAGACCCAAGCCCAUAUAAUCAUCAAGAACAACUGCCCCAGUGAGAGUUUUUUUUUUUUUUUUUUUUUUUUUUCUAUGGAACUGAUUCUUUGUCCCACCCUCCAAUGCGCAGGUGAUGUAUGAAAACAAAGCCAGGCUUCUAUGCACAGCCGAGGCGGUCCCCGUCGAGCUGUUCGAGAGGAUUGUGACGGUGUUAGAUGCACAGAAGAUCUCACCGAGGACUUCUUCUCGGUCCAUGAGAACCGACGAUCUUGAUCUCUGCGUUGACAACGAGCUGGGUUUUGCCAAGGACCGCACCAUCAGCCGGUAAGAACCGACUUUAUUAAUGCUGUUCAUAGACUGGGCAUCCCCUACAUAAAUAUGGUCUUUGUUUCCAUAUAAAAAUGCUGGAUUAACCAAUCCAAGAGAGAGAGAGAGAGAGAGAGAGAGAGAGGCCACGUGGCAAGAAAACAGGGAUCCGGGUCUGUCUGUCCUCCUUUUCUUCCCUCUUAAGUCCGAUUUUUUAGAUGGAUCUCUCACCCAUUCAAUGUGGGUUCUUCUUCUUGCCCAGAUUAACGGAGAUGAACAGCAGGGAGUAUCUGGAGCAUCACGCCACCUUCCAGCAGGAGAAGGCCAGCCAAGAAGUGAAUGAGAAGGAUUUCGUCCUCCAAGCAUAG